AUGGAUAUCAAACCACAAACUAUGGAAACCACGAAGAUUGCAGAUGCCCCAGAGGUCACAGAAACCACAAAGAUUAAUCCGCCGCCAAAAAAGCUCAAAUGUUUUCGUAUACGAGGAAUACCGAUGGGAACAACGAAAGAAUCUUUGGAAGAAGAGCUAAUGGUAUACCUGCCAACAAACAAAUCUGAUUCCUCCAUUACUCUUGCACGUUCAUCUUCUUCCAUAUUGGUGGCAACACUAUAUUCGUUCGAAACUCCCAACUUGCACUAUACUGUUGAUGACAAAUUCCUCGGAAUCACACCACUUUUUGAGAGCGACAAAGCAUCUGUAGACAUCAUUUCCAUCCCAGGUCUAGGUAGCCAUCCGAUCGGCUCGUUCAAAGGAAAAGAUAGUGUUUGGAUUCGCGACUUUCUUCCUAAAGAUCUACCAUCUGCUCGGAUUCUGGCUUAUGGAUACGAUACAUCAAUUCUAGUUAGAAAUGCAAAACAAUCUAUUUCUGAUUUAGCAAAAGCAUUUCUCAGUUCUGUUAUAGCGUUUCGUUCGGCCACCGAGACGAACCAAAGGCCGCUCAUUUUUGUAGCUCAUAGUCUUGGAGGGUUGCUUGUUAAAGAAGCUUUAUAUAUAGCUAUGAUAAGCGAUAGGAAUCGCGACAAUAUUGAUUUCUUCAAAUCGUCUUACGGCUUAAUGUUCUUUGGGGUUCCUAAUUUGGGCCUUAACAACAAGGCCCUUAUGCAGAUCGUAGCUGGAGGACUCAACGAACAAAUGAUCAAGGAUCUUCAGGUAGCCGAUGAAGAUCAUGAACCAACUCAGUUCUUAAGCACGAUCAAACAAAACUUUAAGCAAUGCUGUAAGAAAGGACGAUUUCAGAUACGAUCUUACUACGAACAGAAGGAAACCCAGAUGUUGGACAAUGGAUUGUUAGUAAAGGAUGGACCACUGUGCUUUAUGGUUUCGAAGAGUUCGGCUUGUCAAAUCGGCAAUGGUGACAACUUUUGCUACGAAGAAGGACUUCUUAGAGAUCACUCAGAUCUGGUCAAAUUUGCUGAUCAGUUUGAUGAUGAUUAUGGAAAGGUACUUCACGGGCUGAAAGGUCUUGUCGAUAGCGCGCCUAAUGUUAUUAAAGCAAGGUUUGCUUCAAUUAAAAAACUCUCCUCAGCUGAAAAGAGUCAUUGGGACGAUCUCAAUGUCCCCCCUUAUGGAAGCUUCAAAGAAACCAAGAAAGUACGAAAGGCGGUCGAGGGAACUCUGCAAUGGUUGGUUACUGACCAGCCCUCAGAGUUUCAAGACCGUCCCGAUAGACUUCAAAAAAGCGACUUUAUUGAAUGGCGAGACUCUAAUCAAUCAUGCGUCUUGCUAAUCACUGGAACUCCUGGGCAGGGAAAGUCUGUUCUAUCCAACUUCGUCAUAGAUCAUUUGCAAGAACAACAAAAGCCUCAAAAUAAGAUUGUCUAUUACUUUUGUAAUAUCAAGAAUGAUGAAAGUUCCCGGACAGCAUCAUCCAUUCUCCGAUCUUUCAUUGUUCAACUUUGUGAGGACCGGCGAUUAUACCAGAAGCUUCCAAACCGCUUUCAAAAUAAGGAUGAGAAGAAGGAAUUUUUUACAGAAUCCUUUGAUAGCCUUUGGGCGGUCUUCUUCAAUUUGAUUUCCACAGAUAUAUAUACUAAUAUUUAUUGUGUUAUUGAUGGACUCGAUGUCUAUAAUACAGAGAUAAAUAGCGUACUCAUGAAUUUCAAAAAGCUCUUUGAUACUAUUGGUACUGAACAAUUUCCUCUAAAAUUGCUUUGCACAAGCAGGCCGGAAGAAUUCAUAAUGGAUGUUGGCUUUUCUCCUUCAAAAACCCUUUGUGCUUCGGAAAAAGACUUGACGACAUUUAUUACCUCUGAAUUAUUCUUUUUUACAGAAGACAAAGGGUUCACAAAAAGAAUGAAAAGUAUCAUUACUAAUACUGCACGAGCAGAGGAGGGAAGAACUUUCCUUUGGAUAAGUAUACUUCUCCGUGAGCUUCGAAAACUCAAUGCACCAUCUAUUCGAGAUAUUGAGAACAAAAUCAAACAGCUUCCAUCAGAGCUUACUGAUUUGUAUGAUGAUCUAGUUGGGAAAGCGUUAAAAGACCCAAAAAAUGGAGUGGUAUUAGCCUGGAUAGCAUAUGCAGCACGUCCACUUUGUUUUCAGGAAUUGGGAGAUGCUUUCGCUAUUAGUAUGACAAAAGAAGCGAAAAGUUUAAGAGAUUGUGAGAAUGAAAGAAUAGUUUUGGAUUCUAACUUUAUUCGAAGGAACCUCAACAGCUUGAUCGAUGUCAUUGGCCCGAACCCUUUUCUGAUCCAUCAAACAUUGCGCGAUUAUCUUAAAAGUUCGGGAAUGUUGGAGAAAUCAGAGAUAUUGAAACAAUUUGAACGACCGGAACUGCUGCUUGCUAACACCUGUAUAUCCUAUCUGAAUUUUAACGAGCAUAUGAAACAUGCAUCAACAAUGAGAGAUGAGGACCCAAUAGAAGAUGACAACUCAAUAGAAGAUGACAACUCAAUGGAAGAUGACAACUCAAUGGAAGAUGACAACUCAAUGGAAGAUGACGACUGCUUUCUUUCUUACGCCGCAAACUUCUGGUAUGAACAUAUUGAUAUGUUAGAAGAAACAGAAGAUAAUAUAAAACGAUUAAAAUUUGUUUUGAGUAAAGAAGGACAGACACUAUGGGUAUACAGAAAUGAAAGUUUGGAGUGGCGAAACGAAGCAAUUCCGAUAUCGAUUUGGACUAUUGCAAUCAUUAUUGAUAAGGAAUGGCUAGCGAAGAUCCUUACGAGUGUGAUCCCGAAUAAACUAACAAAUGAGUUAGGGGAUAGAUAUAUUAUUCCUGCAGCUGAAUCAAGCUUGAACGUAUUCCGAGAACUGCUUUAUGGGCCAUAUUCAAAAACAGUACUAAUUACUAAAGGAGUCGUGAAGGCAGCAGCUGGAAAUGAGGAAAGUGGAAAGGAGGUUAUGAUGUUAUUAUUGGAGAAAAGAGGGGCAGAUGUGGUUAUUACAAAAGAGGUGGUGAAGGCAGCAGCAAGAAAUAGGGAAAGUGGAAAGGAAAUAAUGAUGUUAUUAUUGAAGAAACAAAAAGCAGAUGUGGUUAUUACUGAAGAGGUAGUGAAGACAAUAGCAAAUCAUUGUGGAAAAGAGAUUAUGAUGUUAUUAUUGAAGAAAAGAGGGGCAGAUGUGGUUAUUACUAAAGAAGUAGUGAAGGCAGCAGCUGGAAAUGAGAAAAAUGGAAAGGAGGUGAUGAUGUUAUUGUUGAAGAAAAGAGGGGCAGAUGCAAUCAUUACAAAAGAGGUGGUAGAAGCAGCAGUAAGAAAUAAAGCGAGUGGAAAAAAGGUGAUGCAAUUAUUGUUGAAAAAAGGAGGUGCAAAAGUAGUAAUUACAAAAGAGGUGGUAAAAGCAGCAGCGGAAAAUUGGAGAAGUGGAAAGAAAGUUAUAAUGUUAUUGCUAGAAAAACAAGAAGCAGAUUUGGUAAUUACAGAAGAGGUAGUAAGAGUAGUUGCGAUAAAUUUGGGAAAGGAGGUGAUGAUGUUAUUGUUGGAGAAACGAGGAGCUAUAGUAGUUUCGGAAGAGGUGGUGAAGAUGAUAGCGAGCCAUUUUGCAAGGGAGGUGAUGAUGUUAUUGUUGAAGAAACAAAUGGAAAAUGUGGUUAUUACAAAAGAGGUGGUGGAGGCAGCAGCAAGAAAUGAGAUUAUUGGAAAGGAGAUUAUGAUGUUUAUAUUGGAGAAACGAGGAGUAGAAGUAGUAAUUACGGAGAAGGUGGUAAAGGCAGUAGCUGAAAACGAGAGAAGUGGAAAGGGGGUAAUGAUGUUAUUGUUGGAGAAAAGAGGGGCAGAUGUGGUUAUUACAAAAGAGGUGAUGAAGGCAGCAGCAAGAAAUAGGGAAAGUGGAAAGGAGAUAAUGAUGUUAUUAUUGGAGAAACAAAAAGCAGAUGCGAUUACUACAGAAGAGAUGGUGAAGAUAAUAGUAACACAUUUUGGAAAAGAGGUUAUGAUGUUAUUAUUGGAGAAAAGAGGGGCAGAUGUGGUUAUUACAAAAGAGGUGGUAAAGGCAGCAGCAAGAAAUAGGGAAAGUGGAAAGGAAAUAAUGAUGUUAUUAUUGAAGAAACAAGAAGCAGAUGUGGUUAUUACUGAAGAGGUAGUGAAGACAAUAGCAAAUCAUUGUGGAAAAGAGAUUAUGAUGUUAUUAUUGAAGAAAAGAGGAGCAAAUGUGGUUAUUACUAAAGAAGUAGUGAAGGCAGCAGCUGGAAAUGAGAAAAAUGGAAAGGAGGUGAUGAUGUUAUUAUUGGAGAAAAGAGAGGCAGAUGUAAUCAUUACAAAAGAGGUGGUGAAGAUAGUAGCUGAAAAUAAGGAAAGUGGAAAGGAGAUAAUGAUGUUAUUAUUGGAGAAACAAGGAACAGAUGUGGUUAUUAUAAAUAAGAUGAUAGAAGCAUUAGUGAUGAAUUUUGAUAUAGAAAGAAAGGUAAUGCAGUUUUUGUUGGAGAAACAAAGGGCAAAUAUGGUUGCUACAAAAGAGCGGAUGAAGAUAAUCGCAAAUUGUUUUGGAAAGGAGGUAAUGAAGCUGUUAGAGAAACGAGGAGCAGAUAUAGUCAUUACAAAAGAGGUGGUGAAGACAAUUGCAAAUUGUUUUGAAAAGGAGGUAAUGAAGUUGUUGAUGGAGGAACGAUGGGAAGAUGUAGCUAUGAUGGAAGAGGUGGUAAAGGCAGCAGUGAUGGAUGAAGGAAAUGGAAAGGAGGUAAUGAAGUUGUUGAUAGAGAAACGAUGGGCAGAUAUAGCUACAAUGGGAAAGGUGGUAAAGGCAGCAGUGAUGGAUGAAGGAAGUGGAAAGAAGGUAAUGAAGUUGUUGACGAGGAGACGAUGGACACAUGUAGUUAUGAUGGAAGAGGUGGUAAAGGCAGCAGUGAUGAAUGAAGGAAGUGGAAAGGAGGCAAUGAAGUUGUUGAUGGAGAAACGAUUGGUAGACGCAGUCAUUACAACAGAGGUGGUAAAAGUAUUAGUGAUGAAUUUUAAAGUAGGAAUUACAAAAGAGGUGGUGAAAGCAGCAGCAGGGAAUGAGGAAAGUGGAAAAGAGGUGAUGAUACUCUUGCUUGAGAAACGAGGGGCAGAAGUAGUAAUUACGGAAAACGUCAUCAAUGCCGCCGCUACAAGUGGACAAGAAGCAGUUCUAUAUAUUAUUGAUAUACAUCUAAAGAUCCUAUCAUCUCAGCAAAAGUGGUUUACGAUUGCUCAAUUCUAUAAAGCAGCUAAACUUGGGAACAAAAGGAAAAUUCAAAGCUUGUUAGAACGAGGGGUUGAACCGGACCUUUCAAACCCUAGGAAGGUGACAGCUCUAUGCAUCGCUGCUACGAAUGGUCAUAUCGAGGUAGUCCGGUUACUCCUUGGGACGAAAUCCGUCAAUGUCAAUGCCAUUAGCGUUUCCGGACGAUCACCUAUCUUCUGGGAAGCUGCCAAAGGACAUACAGAAAUUGUGAGGCUCUUGUUAAGCGCCAAGGCAGAUCCGACCUUUAUAGAUACCGACGGCGAUACAGUGCUUUUGGUUUCUAAACGAUGUGGAUUUCGUGAGAUUGUGGAUAUGUUAAAUGCUUGGAAGUAA